UGACAUCAGGCCGCUGUUUCGGCGCGGGGGCGGCCGCGGGCUCCCGGCGCCUGCCCCGCUGCUGCGGGCGCUCCCGCACCGCUCCGCACCGCUCCGCUCCGCCGCGGCUCCCCCCCGAGCAUCGCCCCCACGUCCCCGCUGCGGCUCCCCGGGCAGCCGGGGGGGCUGGCGGGGCCGGCGGCGGGUUGCGGGGCCGGGGAUGCGGCGGCCCCGCCGAUGGUGAGCCGCCGCCGGGCCCCGCCGCACCAUGUCCCCGCCGGCCCCGAGAGGAUGUUCGAGGGCUGCCGGCGGGCGCGGAGCCUCUGGGGCGGCGUCAGGCUGGAGGUGGCCGGCGAGAGCAGCCCCGUGGUGCUGCACAGCUUCACGCAGCUCGACCCCGACCUGCCGCCGCUGGAGAGCUCCACACAGGAGAUCGGAGAAGAGCUGGAGGAUGGUGUGAUCUACAGCAUAUCCCUCCGGAAAGUGCAGCUCCACCACACGGCCAACAAAGGGCAGCGCUGGCUGGGGUUUGAGAAUGAGUCAGCCUUAAACCUCUACGAGACGUGCAAGGUGCGGACGAUAAAAGCCGGGACCUUGGAGAAGCUGGUGGAGUACCUGGUCUCAGCCUUCAAGGGCAAUGACUCCACCUAUGUCACCAUCUUCCUGUGCACCUACCGGGCCUUCGCCACCACCAAGCAAGUGCUGGACCUGCUGCUUAACAGGUAUGGCAAACUCCACGUGCAGGCAAACGGGGACCACGCCAGGCACACUGUGGACGAGAGGAUGGAGCUGAAGAACACCAUCUCCUCCAUCCUGGGGGCCUGGCUGGACCAGUACUCGGAGGAUUUCCGCAAGCCCCCCGACUUUGCCUGCCUCAAGCAGCUCAUCUCCUACGUGCGCCACAACAUCCCCGGCUCCGACCUGGAGCGCCGAGCCCGCAUCCUGCUGGCCCAGUUCCAGCAGCAAGAGCAGAGCGAGGCCGAGGCUGAAGCUGUGGACCACGGCAGCUGCACCUUCCAGCUGGUGGAAGAGAACGGGGUUGGGGAUGGGAAGCCAGAUUUCCUCUCCUUCUCCCCAGAGAUGGUGGCAGAACAGUUCACACUGAUGGAUGCUGAGCUGUUCAAGAAAGUGGUGCCUUACCACUGCCUGGGCUGUAUCUGGUCCCAGAGGGACAAGAAGGGCAAAGAGCACCUGGCCCCCACCAUCCGUGCCACAGUCUCCCAGUUCAACAGUGUGGCCAACUGUGUCAUCGCCACUUGUCUCGGGGACAGGUCCCUGAAGCCGCAGCAGAGGGCCAAGGUGGUGGAGCGGUGGAUCGAAGUGGCUCGGGAGUGCCGCAUCCUGAAGAACUUCUCCUCGCUCCGAGCCAUCCUCUCGGCCCUGCAGUGCAACGCCGUGCACCGGCUGAAGAAGACCUGGGACGAGGUCCUGCGGGAGAGCUUCCGCACGUUCCAUGAGCUCUCAGAGAUCUUCUCCGACGAGAACAACCACUCGCUGAGCCGGGAGCUUCUCAUCAAGGAGGGCACAUCCAAAUUUGCCACCUUGGAGAUCAACCCAAAGAGGGCUCAGAAGCGGCAGCAGCAGCAGCGAGAGAUGGGCGUGAUGCAGGGCACCAUUCCCUACCUUGGCACCUUCCUGACGGACCUGGUGAUGCUGGACACGGCCAUGAAGGAUUUCCUGGAUGGUGGGCUGAUCAACUUUGAGAAGAGAAGGAAGGAGUUCGAAGUCAUUGCGCAGAUCAAGCUGCUCCAGUCAGCCUGCAACAACUACAGCUUCACCCAGGAGGACCAGUUCGUGGAGUGGUUCCACAGCCUGGAGCGGCUCAGUGAGGCCGAGAGCUAUGGGCUGUCGUGUGAGAUUGAGCCACUGUCAGAGUCAGCCAGCAACACGUUGAAGGCCAAGAAAAACACGGGCAUCAUCAAGAGAUGGAGCGACCGGCAGCCACCGAGCACCGAGCCCUGUGCCAGCGGCAGCUCCCACUCGAAAUCCUUCGACCAGCUCAAGUGUGGGCAGUACCUGUGCAGUGGGGACGCCACUGACUCGGUGAGCGUCACCUCGGCCGGCUCCAGCAGCUCCGACGUCGAGGAGAUCAACAUCAGCUUCAUCCCCGAGUCCCCCGACUGCCAGGAGAAGAAGGUCAGUGAGAUCCCUCUGGCCUCCCUCCCCCAGCGCUGGUACGCCCCGUCUGUGGCCGAUGGAGAAGCUAAACCCACUGUGUCCUCCGCAUCCCCUCUCCUCCCUGCCCUCCAGUUCUGGGAAUCCACCUCCCUCUCUUCCCUGGACACGUCAGGCAUCGGCUCAGGCUCCAGCAGUGCCUCCUCCUCUUCCGUCUCCUCCACGCCGGUGACGGCCUCCCGCACACACAAGCGCUCGGUCUCCGGCAUCUCCAGCUACUCCUCACUCUCGCUGCCCCUCUACAACCAGCAGGUCGACGACUGCUGCAUCAUCCGAGUCAGCCUGGCUGUGGACAACGGCAACAUGUACAAGAGCAUCCUGGUGACGAGCCAGGACAAGACCCCCGUGGUUAUUCGCAAGGCCAUGGCCAAACACAACCUGGAUGGGGACCGGCCUGAAGACUAUGAGCUUGUCCAGAUCAUCUCGGAGGAGAGAGAGCUGAAGAUCCCCGACAACGCCAAUGUCUUCUACGCCAUGAACUCCGCUGCCAACUAUGACUUUGUGCUCAAGAAGCGGGGCUUCUCCAAGGGGGUGAAGAUCAAGCACGGCUCCAGCUCCACCCUGCCCAGGAUGAAGCAGAAAGGCCUGAAGAUCGCCAAGGGCAUCUUCUAGCCUCAGCCCCACUGCCACCCAUCACCGACGGGGCCUUGGGGGCAGCUGCUCCGGGCUUGGCUGUGGCCGGUCCUUGUGCUGCCCUGCAGGGCAGAGGAGUGACCCUCAGCCACGGGCGACGGCCGUGCACCUCCCUUCCGCACCCAGAGCUCAGAGUUUGGCAACUGGUGUCAGUCUCCGCCUCUCUCUGCGCAAGCCCCCGUUCCAAUCAGGUCUUUUUUUCUACACAGGAAGGCAGCAGUGGGGGGGAUUUGUCUAUUUUUUGUUUUGUUUUGCUUUUUUAACCUUCCACGGUGCGACACUCGGCCAGCCCGGCCAGCCCAGAGCUGGAGCCCGCCUCUGCCGUAGGUGCCUUGUGUCUGAGCGAGCCGAGGAGCAGUGACUUGCAGAGGGGCUGUGUGACAGAGCAGAGCAGGAGCCACCAUCACCCUGGAAGGGGCUGCCAAGCCUCCUUCCCAGCUUUCCCAGUGUUACCUCCACGUCUGUCCUCCCUGCCACCACCACAGAGCUCUGCCUGUCCUUCCCUUGGGAGAAGCCACAGGUGCCCUGGGCUGGGAGGUGAGCUGGAAGGAUGCAGCCCUGUACCAGUGCUGAGCCCUGUGGCUGUGCCAUGAUGGAGUGGAUGCCUCGUGCUCUCCCCAGCUGGAAGCCUGCGUGGUCUCGCUCCUCUCCCGAUCCAGCACAUCCUCCAGCUGGACUGGGCCAGUUCAAACUUGCACCAAAGAUCAAAUGCCAGUGUCUCUUCUGCCAAGGGGGAGCUUCAGGCCAUGCCCCCAGCGUUGCCAGCCUGAGGAGGAGGAGAGCAAAGUUCUGUUUGAAACUGUGUAAAUAGAGACUUUGGGUCUGUGUGGGCACACGAGGGGCCGGAGAGCUCAGGGUGCUCCAGGUGCCCCAGCUGCCACUGCCUGACCCACAGAAAGUGCCACUCACCUUGGGCUUUAACCGGACUUUUUCAAACACUGACUAUGGGAGAAGCAGCAAUGAGACUUUUUUUUUUUUUUUUUUGUAUAAAACAAAAAAGUUUACUGAUUUUUUUUUUUUUCAGUAUUUAUUGGUUGUAAAUAGAAGAAGCAAACUUGUACAUUUUACUAAUCCAGCCUCCCCCUGCCCUGCAGCCCAGUCCCUGUCCUGUGCCCCCCUGGUAUUUAAGGCUGCUGGGAGGGACGCUGGCAGCAGCAGCAGCAUUGCUCUGCUGUGCUCACGGGGUGCAGACCCUGCCAGCCCCCCCUCCCAAAUUCUCUACCACUAAUUGCUCGAGCAGGGGCAGACAUGCUUGUUUUAAUCAUUGUAAGAAACACUAACCAAAGGGGGACCUUUUGUUGCUCCUGCCUCCGUCUCUGUUUUUUAAGCGCGUCAUUCCAGCAGGUCUUUCCCGUUUCCCAUCCGUCAGAGUUCCCAGGUGGUUGCGGUGCCUUCCCCUGCUCCAGGACAGGGACCACACUCCAGGGGCUGGGGCUGCUGGGGAAGAGGCUGCUUGGGUGUGAGCGUGGCUGGCACGGAGCUCAUCCAGCCCCGUGGCCCCGCGGGCGGCGCUGCCCAUGAUGCACAUGAUGGGAGCUCUUGGCUCCCUGAUGCAGGGGCAGCCUCCUGCCUCCCCCCUGCCCAAAGCCCCUUCCCCUGGGCACCAGCACCCCUGGGAGGGUGUUCCCUCUGCUCCGUGCCUGCCCACCCUGGGACUGUCCCCUCCCCUCCCGCCGGUGCCACCGCGGGGACUGGCUGUACCGUAUGUAUUUUGUACCACUUCAAUGAAGGAGCACACUGCCCGGUGUGACUUGUACACAGCAAUGUAAUUAGUCUUUGCAAUAAAAUACUGAUGCUCAAA